AUGAAAGCCUGGCAACGGGCUAGAGCGUUCUCUUACACCGCCACCCGCCUUCUCUUUCCCUCUCUCGGUCUCUCCCACUCCCUGUCUCGCUCUGCCAUCUUCCCUCGUCCGGUCUCGGUACCAGGAUCGCAACGGCAAGAGGAGCCUGCGCGCGGGGGGGAGGACGAGAGGGCGGAGCUCAGCCUAGCUGACGGCAUGGCGGAUGCUGCUGGCGGCCCGCCCUUGAGUGGAAAGCCCCUGUCCAUGCGAGAGUACGUGCGACUGUCGCAAAUGCUGCGCGCUCAGGUGGUCGAUGACUCCGACGCCCCUCCCCCCACCGCCGCACACCGCACUGACGCCCCUUUUACCACAUCCACACCGUUCCAAACGCCUGCUGUCGCACCAACGCCCUUCCACACGCCUGCUAUAGCAGCAACGCCCUUCCACACCCCUGGCGGUUUUAAACCCGCUCCUGGCGGCUCAAACCCCACUUCCAGCGGCUUUAAAUCCACGCCGUUUCAUACCCCAGGCGCGGCGGCAGCAGCAGCGCCUGUUACGCCGUUCUUUGACGCAGCACGCACCUUCGCCGCUCCUUCCAAAGGCGCUGAUAGGACGGUGCCGCGGGGAGGGGGAUUGACUGGUAGGGGUUCUGUUGGGAAGGGGUUGACUGGCGGAGAUCCGGGAUCUAGAUUCGCCACGCCGGUGACCAAUGGUUGGGCGUCGCCUGCUGACGUGGAUGGCGGUGCUGCUGACGGGGACGAGGACGAGGAGUUUCACACGCCCGAUGGCGGGGCGUCACCGGUGGAUAUCGCCAAGGCGUACAUGAGAGGGGACCUCCACGCUGCUUCCGCCGCUGCCGCCGCUGCUAUUGCUGCCGGUGCUGCUGGUAGCGGUGCUUCUGGCGGUACCCCUACUGCUGCUGCUGCUGCCGCUGCUGCUGCUGAUGAUGAUAAUGAUGAUGCUGAUCCCUCUCCUGGCCGCGAGGACACGGAGGGGAGGGCGAGCGGGUGGGGGGAGAUAGUGGUGGUGGGCUCGCGACGGCCCUCUGAUGCUCUGCUGGGAGACGCGUGGGGGCAGCAGGCGCAGCAGCAGCAGCAGGAGGAGGAUGGGGAGGAGGAGGAGGAGGAGGAGCAGGAGGAGGGGCGGGAGCAGGAGAGGGAGGAAGAGGAAGAGGAGGAGGGCGGGCAGGGGAGGGAGGAGGAGGAUGGGUGGGGUAGGGAGACGGGAGAGGAGAGAGAGGAUGGUAACGGGGAGUUGGUGCGAGCUGUGUUUCCAGGAGCUGUUGCUUCUCGCAGCCGUUAUGGUGCAUCAGUUCCCGCCACGCCUAAGUCUGCCAAGCGAGCUCGUGACGCUGACGAGGCAGAUGCUGAUUGGCUGAGGGGAUCCGAGUCAGCACGACGCACUCGCCCGCGUGCCUCCCAACAGCCCAACCGCCUCGCCCUAGUCUCCUUCCCUCCCGGCCCCACCUCUUUCCCCGGUCCUAUCUCAAGACCUUCAGAUUUCCGUUUGGGUGUUUUAGCUGCCCCUCCCCUCCCUCCCCCUGCGCUCUUUUCUGCUGGGGCUGGAAGUUUUCUUCCCUCUGCCCGGCUUCGCGGGCAGGCUGCCCGCUCGCACGGCUUUGCCUCUCGCAUCAGCAACGGCGGCCCGCGCAUGCUGCCCGGGGAACUGCCCGGAUUUUCUCUGGGCGCUAGGAAGGGCGCGUGGGAUAGGGCGUUUGAAGGGGUGGGAGACGGUGGAGGGCUGUUCCCGGAGAGAGAUACGUUUGGGCUGUUCGGGCGAAAGGGGGCAGGCAGAGAGGGGAAUAGGCGGUUAGAACAAGACAAGCGCCAACAGGGUCUGGAGCAGCAGGGGCAGAGGCAGGGGCGAGAGGGGCAGCAGCGGGUGGGGCAAAAUGUGCUGUCUGGAAUGAGCCUUGCGCCUGGCAAGUCACUAGAGACAGCUCAGAAGAUCCUUGCAAAGCUGGGGGAUAUUACAGGCGCGGGGGCGCAGGGGGGUGUGCGUGGAGGAGGGGGUGAGGGGCGCGGAGGUAUGGGGGGAAGCGGAGGGGGAGGAGGGGGAGACGGGGUUGGCGGUGGUGCUGGUGGGGAUAGGGGUGCCGGUGUGAGUGUUGCGGGUGUGCCUGCUGCUGCUGAUGGUGAAGCUGCUGCUGGUGUGAGUGCUGCAGGUUUUGGUGCUAUUGGUGGGUUGGAGUGGGUGGGGCAGAAGGAGAAGGGGAAAGAGGCCUCUCCUCCUGGAGCUGCUUCGGUCGAGAAGAAGAGUGCAGGGACCGCCGAGCUUAAGUUCAGCUUUGGCAGCAAGCCAGGCUCGGCCGCAGGUCUGGAUUUCGGUCGGGUGGUUGGCAAGGCAGCAGAGAAAGAGCAAGAGCAGCCAGCAGCAGCAGCAUCUGCAGGUGCUCGCAAGUUCCAAUUCCGCUCUCCAGCACUGUCCUUCAGCUUUGGGGGUGGGAAAGAUUCCGCUGAUGCUGGAGCAGGCACGGGCACGGGAUUCGGCACAGGUACGGGAACAGGUUCGGGAACAGGCACGGGGAGAGGAACGGGGGUAUCAGGUUCAGAGGGGACGACAGUGGCGAGUGCUGCUCCGGUGUUUGCCUUUGGUGCUUCUGCCACACCUGCCACCGCACCAGCCAAGAGUGCCUUCGCGUUUGGUGCCUCCGCCACUCCUGCCACUGCUCCAGCCAAGAGUGGAUUCGCCUUUGGCACCGCUCCUGCUGCUCCGGUUUUCGGAUCAACGGGCCCUGCUUCUGCCACUGCUGCUUCCACUGCUGCUUCCACUGCUGGUGCUGCUUCUGGUGGUGCUGGUGGCACUGCCGCUCCUUCAUUUGCAGCGUCACCGUUUGCCUUUGGAGGGAGGAGCAGCUUGGGAGGUGCAGAGGCGAAGGGCGUUGCUGCAGAGGCAGGAGUGUGCGGAGGGGAUGGGGAAGACGAUGAGGGAAGCGAGAGGCUGCAGUCUGACCGGCCAAAGAAGCGAGGCGGUGGCGGUGGCGGUGGUGGUGGUGGUUUUGGUGGUGGUGGUGGUGGUUUUGGUGGUGGGGUUGGUGGUGGUGGUGCCUCUGAAUGGAAAGCUGCUGGUAGCCCUUUUGCUGCUGCUGAUGGUGAUGGUGGAACAGCAGCAGCAGCAGGAGGUGGAGGAGGAGGAGCAGGAACAACAGCAGGCGCUGCCACUGCUCCCAUGUUCUCGUUUGGCUCGUCCUCUCCCUCGGCUGCUACUGCAUCCUCAUCUGCACCAGCCCCCAGCUCCUCCCCGUCCCCCUCGCCCCCUUCAUUGUUCUUUGGCACAACAUCCGCCGCAGCAACGGAGGCUUCAAAAGCAGCAACAGCAGCACCCUCUGCUCCUAUCUUCUCCCUUGGUGCUCCCCCCUCCUCGUCCCCCUCUCUCUCCUCCGCACCGUCUUCCACCACUCAAUUCUCCCCUUCAAACCUCACCACUGCUUUCGCUCCUCCUACAGCCUCCACUGCUCCUCUUUUCUCCUUUGCCUCCAAGGGCCCAUCACCAUCAGCAGCUGCUUCUUCAGCCGCUGCUUCCCCAUCCCCUGCUGCCGCAGCUGCCACCACAUCUCCUGCUGCUGGUGGCUUCACCCCGCUUACUGCUGCUGCUGCUGCUGCUGCUACUACUGCAUCAUCCCCUGCUGCUGGGUCAUCUGCUGCUGCUGCUCCGCUCGUCUCGUUUGGUGGUGCCCCGUCCACCCCGCAUUUCUCCUUUGGCAAGCCAGCAGGUGCCUCUGCGUCCCCAACUGCAACCCCCGUCUUCUCAUUCGCUGCUGCCUCGCCUGCUGCUGCUGCCUCACCUGCUCCUAGUGCUGAAGGCGCGAGCAAGGGCGUGUUUACAUUUGGAGGGUCAGCAGCUAACGGUGUUCCGACUUUCAAUUUUGGUGCCUCUGCUGCAGCACCAGCAACAGCAGCAGCAGCAACAGCUCCUGGUGCUCCUCUAUUUGGAGGCUUCACUCCUCCCCCUGCUGCAGCUGGCAAUACGGCUGAUGCUGAUGGUUCUGGUGAGAAUGGCAAUGGCAGCAAUGGUGGUGCUCCGGCACCUGCUUCGCCGUUUGGGGGGUUUGGUGCGGUUGGGAAUGGUGGGGGGUUCGUGGGGACGUCUGGAGGGUUUUCACUGGGUGCGGGGGGGGAUGCAGGGGAGAAGACACCGGCAGGAUUCAGAAUGGCGAAGAAGGACGAGAAGACGCCGAAGAAGAGCAAGAGCGAGGCGGCGGGCGAGGAGGUCGAGAAGACGCCGAAGCGCAAAAAGAGCGACGCGACAGCGUCGGAAACGGCGACGGCGAGCGGCGGCGAGCGAUCGACGAAGAAGAAAAAGACGGACGCCGCCGCGAGCGACGGCGCGACGCCGAAGAAAUCGAAGAAGAAGGAGAAGGAGGGCGGCGAGAAGGGGGGUAAGGGGGAGAAAGACGCGGCGGCUGCGGCGGAGGCGGAGGUGCUCAAGUGGCGCAACGUGUGCACCAUCGCGAAGCCGCUUGCGGACCCGUCCUUCAACCAGAAAGUGCUGCAGCUCGUCAAGAAAGGUGCGCGCUGUGCGCCGUGUGCGCCGUGCUCCCCGCCGUCCCCGCCGUGCGCGUCGUCCCCGUCGUCCCCGUCGUGCGCGCCGUGCGCCAUAAACCCCGUCGCUGGAGUGCGAUACAUGUAG